AUGGCGUUAGAUCUACAUCGAAAAAACGAAUUCAAGAAAUCCAAAAAAUCUUAUGACGAAAUUAUAAAGGACAUUGUGACCGACGAUUUUCCAUUGAACCCGUUGCAGCUGGUAGGUGAACUGAGUUUUGACAAUCCUUCGACCUUAGAGGAAACCGAUAAGCUACCGAGAUCAGAUGUGCAGGAGUUCUAUAAAAAUGCCUCUAUUUUCAUCACCGGUGGCACUGGAUUUAUGGGAAAGAUGCUCAUCGAAAAGCUCAGUAGAUCCUGUCCACAUCUCAAGCAUAUCUACUUGUUGAUUAGGAAUAAGAAAGGCAAAGAUGUUAAUGAACGUAUCGAUGCAAUAUUUGAAGAUAGGUUGUUCAUGCGAUUGAAACACGAGAGGCCGAAGUUCUAUCACAAGAUAUCUGCGAUCGCUGGCGAUGCAUCUUUGCCAGGAUUAGGCAUAUCUGCCCGCGAUAGACAGACAUUGGUUGAAAAUGUUAAUAUCGUAUUCCACGCAGCAGCUACGAUCAGGUUCGACGAACACAUACGCACAGCGAUCAACAUCAAUGUCCUUGGUACAAGGGAAAUCAUCAACCUGGCUAAAGAAAUAACUAAUCUUAAGGCUUGUAUGUACGUGUCGACUGCGUAUGCCAAUUGCGUGCAUAGUAAAAUCGAAGAAAAAUUUUACGAAGCACCGUAUAAUUACAAUGGAGUGAUAUCCUUGGUGACUUCGGCCAACAACGAUAAAAAGUUAGAAGAUAUCACACCGAGCUUAACUGCUGGUUGGCCAAACACGUACACUUUCACGAAAGCUUUAGCCGAAGAUUUAGCCAAACACGAGGCUGUCGGGCUACCGCUUGGCAUAUUCAGACCGUCAGUCGUUAUUUCGACAUAUAAUGAACCUGUUCGCGGUUGGAUCGAUAACGUUUAUGGUCCCAUUGGUAUGAUUGUGGGAGUCGGUGCCGGAGUACUUCACACACAUCACUGUGAUGUUACCAAGGUCGUCGACUUAGUUCCAGUAGACUUGGUUGUUAAUGCACUGAUAUGCUCGGCUUAUAAAGUCAGCAAAACUACACCAACAAUUGAAUCAAGUCCACCUAUUUUUAAUUACGUCAGCUCUAAGCAGAAUCCAAUUAGCUUAGAAAAUUUCUUCGACGUAAUCAAGAGAUACGGACUCCCUAACUGGCCUACCAUCAAUGCAGUUUGGUACUACUCGUUUAUGCCCACUAACAAUCCAUAUCUAUAUUCCUUAUUAUUCUUAUUAUUUCACACGAUACCCGGUUACUUUUUGGACUUUUUGUGCCAGAUAACCGGCAGGAAGCCAAUGCUUACUAACAUCUAUAAAAAAAUGAAAAAAGCUAACUCUGCACUAGCUUUCUUUGCAAAUAAUCAAUGGGAAUUCAAUGACAAUAACACCAGUACAUUGUGGAAGGAAAUGUCAGAAUUGGACAAAAAGAUAUUCUUUUUCGACAUAAAAGAAAUGUCUUGGGACUAUUACGCUCGAGCUUGUGCUAUCGGUCUGCGUUUGUACUUGGUCAAAGAUGACAUACAUACAAUCAAAAAUGCAAGAAUUAAAUGGGAAAAAUUACGCAAAGCACACUUACUAUUAAAAACAAUUAUGGCAAUAGUAUUAAUACGGAUCUGCUGGUUCAUCUUCUCAAUGUGCUUCAAUUAG